UUUACUUUCUUUGAGAAAAUUGUCUAAUUUACCACUGUAUUGUUAAAUAUGGGUACUAGUAUAACCAAAAUCAAAUUGUAUACUCUUUUUAUUCUGUAUUUCGUUAUUUAAAUUUUCAAUCAUACCAUUUUAAUCCAAAAAAAAAAAUUACGAUUGAAUAUAUUUGGAGAAGAGAAAUAUCUUAAGCGUGAUAAUAGGGCAUGUAAAUAUUUUUAUUAACAAAAAUUAAAGAAUAUGUAACGACUUGGCCGGGAAAAUUGGAUGUCAAACGGCCACUCGCUCCCCCAUUUCAAAAUUUAAAAACUUCCGACUACUCGCAUAAAUGGGCGCACGAAUCCACGAUAAACAGCACAUAAAACUAAACCCUAGUAAACCUUGCAACUUUUCUUAUUCAUUCAGAAAGAAGAGACAGAGGUUAAACAUUAUUUCUUCUUAAACCAUGAAAGAAAAUUGUAGUAUUAAUGAUGAUGAUCCAAUCCGCUGCGUGAGAAAAGUUGGUUUCGGAAGAUGCCGAAAUGACAAGUGUAUUGGGAUGGAGUUUUGUAAAUCCCACCGGCAUCAUGCAACUAAAGAAUCGAAUCAUGUUGAUGAAGAAAAUAAAGAAGAGAACGAUGAAGAGGAGGAGGAUUCUGAGAAUGAAAAUCAGAAUACGAGUGACGAGGGUGAGGUAAACAGUGAUGUAGAAAGUGAAAAUGUGAAGAAUACAGAUGAGGAGGAUUCUCAGAAUGAAAAUGAGAAUACCAGUGACGAUGAUGAGGAAAAUAGUGAAGAGAGUACUAGUGACGAUGGUGGUCAGAUUCUGAAGAAGAGAAAGAUGAGCAGAGAAGUUGAUGCUCUGAAGGAGGCCGGAAAUGAUGAGCAGCCACGUCUGAAGAGAAGAAAUAAAAGCAAGAGGGAGAACUUGAACGAAAAUCUUAUUACGAAACAAUACAAAGUUUCAGAGGAUCAAUCAGAUGCGGAGGUGGAUGAUAAAAGGAAGAAGAAGGUUUCCAAAGUUUCGAGUAAACCGGUGGUGUCUGGUAUUUCUGGAUCCAAAAAGAGAAGAAGGUUUCUGCAAAAGUUAAAAUAUCGAAUGGAUUAAAUUGGGUUGAUGUAGAUGGUAAAAAGAAGCCUAUGAAGCUGGUUGAUGGAAAACUUGAAGAAUCCCGAAUGUGCCACCAGUGCCAAAGAAGGGAUCGGGAAGGGGAAGUUGUUUCCUGCCAGAAGUGUUUAUCCAAGCGCUUUUGUGAGCCGUGCAUAAAAAAUUGG